CUAGAAAGUUAGCUAAUGGCUGGGGGAAAGAGAUCCUCCUCAACCCUCGCUUCGGGAGAGUUUCAGGAUUCCCUGAAGUAAAAACACCCGACUAUUCCACAAGAGAUACCCCUGAAGGAAGUUAAGGUCAACAAUAAGAACGCUAAUAUACGUAUUGUCAAGAUAAGUAUGCAGGAUGCAGUAGCCGGGACGAGAAUGCUGACGGACGGCUUCGAGGACGAGAUUGACUCGGUGACUCCUCGUACCCCAGCGGUAGGGAUGGGGGUCGGAGCAACACCAGGAGUCGGACUACGGGGCAUAGGGAUUGGUGUGGGCGGAAAGAAAGUACGAUUGUUCGGCGAGCCCGGUGGGCCUUCUACAGACAGACUGGAUUUCAAACUGGCUGCUGCUGCAGUCCUUUCCUCUGGUCCCGGAUCCAACAGCGACGAAGACGAGGUAUCAGAGGUGGAGUCAUUUAUCUUGGACCAGGAGGACUUGGAGAACCCCAUCAUGAAGACUGCCUCAGAGCUGCUUUUGUCCAGCGCCACAGACGGAGUGGACCUCCGCACCGUCGACCCAGAGACACAGGCCCGCCUCGAGGCCCUGCUAGAGGCUGCAGGCAUUGGUAAACUGUCAACUGCGGAUGGUAAAGCCUUUGCAGAUCCCGAGGUGCUGCGGAGGCUGACGUCGUCAGUGAGCUGUGCCCUGGACGAGGCAGCUGCCGCCCUGACGCGCAUGAGAGCAGAGAACACACUCAACGCUGGCCAGGCCGACAACCGUAGUCUAGCAGAGGCGUGUUCGGACGGAGACGUGAACGCUGUGAGGAAGCUACUAGACGAGGGGAGGAGCGUCAACGAACACACUGAGGAGGGAGAGAGUCUGCUCUGCCUAGCCUGCUCUGCUGGAUACUAUGAACUCGCACAGGUGCUGCUGGCCAUGCAUGCCAACGUGGAGGACCGGGGGAUUAAAGGUGACAUCACGCCCCUGAUGGCGGCGGCGAGCGGCGGUUACGUCGACAUCGUCAAGUUGCUCCUGGUCCACGGGGCUGACGCCAACGCACAGUCCUCCACAGGUAACACAGCCCUGACGUAUGCGUGUGCUGGGGGGUUCGUAGAUGUGGUGAAGGUUCUCCUAAAGGAGGGGGCCAACAUCGAGGACCACAACGAGAACGGCCACACCCCCCUAAUGGAGGGGGCGAGCGCGGGCCACGUGGAUGUGGCCAGGGUUCUGCUGGAGUACGGCGCCGGGAUCAACACACACUCCAACGAGUUCAAGGAGAGCGCCCUCACGCUCGCCUGCUACAAAGGUCAUCUGGACAUGGUGAGGUUUCUGCUGGAAGCUGGGGCAGAUCAGGAGCAUAAGACGGAUGAGAUGCACACAGCACUGAUGGAAGCCUGCAUGGAUGGGCAUGUGGAGGUGGCACGGCUGCUGUUGGACAGCGGGGCGCAGGUCAACAUGCCCGCUGACUCCUUCGAGUCGCCCCUCACCCUGGCAGCCUGCGGCGGGCACGUAGAACUAGCAGCUCUGCUCAUAGAGAGAGGUGCCAACCUAGAGGAGGUGAAUGAUGAAGGCUAUACCCCUCUGAUGGAGGCAGCCAGAGAAGGCCAUGAAGAGAUGGUGGCUCUGCUGCUGGCUCAGGGUGCCAACAUCAACGCCCAGACGGAGGAGACCCAGGAGACAGCCCUGACCCUGUCGUGCUGUGGAGGGUUCCUGGAGGUGGCUGACUUCCUCAUCAAGGCCGGAGCCGACAUCGAACUGGGCUGCUCCACGCCUCUCAUGGAGGCUGCUCAGGAGGGACACCUGGAGCUGGUCAAAUACCUCCUGGCUGCAGGUGCGAACGUGCACGCUACCACGGCGACGGGAGACACAGCACUGACGUACGCGUGUGAGAACGGACACACUGACGUGGCCGACAUUCUGCUGCAGACUGGAGCAGAUCUGGAGCAUGAGUCUGAGGGGGGGAGGACUCCCCUGAUGAAGGCAGCCAGAGCAGGACACCUCUGCACCGUGCAGUUCCUCAUCAGCAAGGGUGCUAAUGUGAACAGAGCGACCGCUAACAAGGACCACACGGUGGUGUCUCUGGCCUGUGCUGGAGGGCACCUAGCUGUGGUAGAACUGCUGCUGGCGCAUGGAGCUGACCCCACACACAGACUGAAGGACGGCUCGACGAUGCUGAUUGAAGCUGCUAAGGGCGGCCACACCAACGUGGUGUCCUACCUGCUAGACUUCCCUAACAACAUCCUGUCUGUCCCCUCCCUGACCUCUGCCAACUCACCCCCCUCACAAGACCCAUCUCAGGUAAAACUCACCCCCCCCUCACAACACCCCUCUCAGGUUCCUCGUGUCCCAUUCCAGGCCCUGGCCAUGGUGGUGCCCCCCCAGGAGCCAGACAGAGCCCCCUCCACAUCACCCGCCCCCCCUCCUGCCUUGGCUUGGCUCAGCAGUGAGCAGCAGAGUACCCAUGCUGAACACUACGACGUCCCCCCCCCCCUGUCUGACCCCCUGUCACAGGCCCCCUCCAACAUGGGCUCGCCCCCCUCCCCACUGCCCCUCUACCCCUCUGUGGACAUCGACGCUCACACGGAGAGUAACCAUGACACAGCGCUGACGCUGGCAUGUGCCGGAGGACACGAGGAGCUGGUGUCUGUUCUCAUCGCACGAGGAGCCAACAUCGAGCACCGCGACAAGAAAGGGUUCACCCCUCUGAUCCUGGCUGCGACAGCGGGCCACGUAGGUGUGGUGGAGGUCCUUCUGGAUAAAGGGGGUGACAUAGAGGCCCAGUCAGAGAGAACCAAAGACACGCCCCUCUCCCUGGCCUGCUCAGGGGGACGACAGGAGGUGGUGGAAUCGUUGCUGUUGCGAGGAGCCAAUAAAGAGCAUCGUAACGUGUCAGACUACACCCCUUUGAGCCUGGCGGCGUCCGGAGGCUAUGUCAACAUCAUCAAGAUCCUCCUCAACGCCGGCUCAGAGAUCAACUCCAGGACGGGCAGUAAGCUGGGUAUCUCUCCCCUGAUGCUGGCAGCGAUGAAUGGUCAUGUGCCAGCGGUCAAGCUGCUGCUGGACAUGGGCUCAGACAUCAACGCUCAGAUCGAGACCAACAGGAACACGGCUCUCACUCUGGCCUGCUUCCAGGGCCGGGCGGAGGUGGUCAGUCUGCUGCUGGACCGCAAGGCCAACGUAGAGCACAGAGCCAAGACUGGUCUGACCCCUCUGAUGGAGGCGGCGUCGGGGGGCUAUGCUGAGGUCGGCCGGGUGCUGCUGGAUAAAGGGGCUGAUGUCAACGCCCCUCCUGUCCCCUCGUCCCGAGACACAGCCCUCACCAUCGCUGCAGACAAGGGUCACUACAAGUUCUGUGAGCUGCUCAUCAACAGAGGGGCUCACAUUGACGUGCGCAAUAAGAAAGGGAACACCCCUUUGUGGCUGGCGGCCAACGGCGGCCAUUUUGACGUGGUUCAGCUGCUGGUGCAGGCCGGGGCCGACGUAGACGCUGCAGACAACCGCAAGAUCACACCGCUCAUGGCUGCCUUCCGCAAGGGUCAUGUAAAGGUGGUUCAGUACCUGGUAAAAGAGGUCAACCAGUUCCCCUCAGACAUUGAGUGUAUGCGAUACAUCGCCACCAUCGCUGACAAGGAGUUGUUGAAGAAGUGCCAUCAGUGCAUGGAGACCAUCGUCAAAGCCAAAGACCAGCAGGCUGCUGAGGCCAACAAGAACGCCAGCAUUCUCCUCAAGGAGCUCGACCUGGAGAAGUCCAGAGAGGAGAGCAAGAAGCAGGCCCUGGCAGCCAAGAGAGAGAAACGCAAGGAGAAACGCAAGAAGAAGAAGGAGGAACAGAAGAAAAAGCAGGAGGAGGAGGAGGAGGAGGAGGAGGAGGAGGAGGAGCAGAAGACGACCAAGGAGGAGGAGGAGGAGGAGGAAGACGGUGAGAUGCAGAAGCAGAAUGACUCCGCUGAGGAAGUGGACCCCCCUAUCGACCCUCCCAGUGCGACCACCACUACCACCAUCGGUAUCCCCGCCACCUCGGCCUCCUUCAGCUGUGUGUUCGGCAAGAAGAGGGCCAGUGUUGCCACAACGACCAGUGUCAACCGCAAAAGCAAGAAGAACAAGACCAAGGACUCGUCCCCCAGCGAACCAAUUAUAUGUCAGGACCCACAGCAGGUGGUGCUGGCACAGCACAAGGCCAACGAGAUCCAUGGGGAGCCACGGGGUGGGGGCGGGGGGGUGACAGGGGCGGGGGGCACCAGUGACUCAGACCCCCUGGACAGCACUGACUGUGCCAGUGAGAGUAGCAGCAGCGGGGGCAAGAGCCAGGAGCUCAACUUCCUCCCGGACCUCCCCUCCUCUUCCUACUCCUCCUCUUCCUCGUCCUCCUCUUCGUCCUCGGGCCCCUCUCACAGCCUGCUGCCAGGCCCGGAAAAGAGACACUGUCCUCAGCUACACCCAGGCAACCAAGUCACCGUCUCCAUCUCCAAACCUACACAGAAAGCUCCAGACAUGAGUGAGUUGACCCUGAGCAGCUCUCUACCGUCUCAGUUUAAGACCAUGUCUCUGCCCGUCACCUCCCCCAACAGCAAGAGCCUCACCAGCCCCAAGAGGGGACAGAAGAGAGAGGAGGGCUGGAAGGAGGUGGUCAGACGGUCUAAGAAGCUGUCGGUGCCGGCCUCGGUGGUGUCGAGGAUCAUGGGUAGAGGAGGCUGCAACAUCACAGCUAUACAGGACGUGACGGGAGCACACAUCGACGUGGACAAACAGAAAGACAAGAACGGAGAGAGAAUGAUCACCAUCAGAGGUGGCACAGAGUCGACACGCCACGCGGUCCAGCUGAUCAACUCUCUGAUCCAGGACCCAGCCAAGGAACUAGAGGACCUAAUCCCCAGGAACCACAUCAGGGCCCCGGGCUCCAAGACCACCUCAGCCCCCUUCCCCACCCCCACUGGGGCUAACCUUAACCUCACCGUCGGGGCCAAGGCCCUGGGCUCCCUGGUCACGUCCUCUGGGGUCUCCUUCCAGUCCUCCUCUCAGACAGGGGGUAAGAUGGGUAAGGGUCUGUCGUCUGGGGUGAGGCAGCCCUUCCCCGUGUCUCUCCCCCUGGCCUACGCCCAUCCCCAGCUGGCCCUUCUGGCAGCCCAGACCAUGCACCAGAUCAGACACCCCAUGCUGCCCAUGGCCCAGUUUGGUGGGACCUUCUCCCCUGCCGCCAGCACCUGGGGCCCGUUCCCGGUGCGGCCGCUGAGUCCCGGUAGCGCCAACAGCUCCCCCAAACACAACGGUGGUAGUAGUAACAACCAGGCCAGAUCCAACUUAUCUAGUCAUAAUGAUCACAACACAUCAUCCACAGGGUCCUCUGUCUCCAGUCCUAGUGCCUCUAACAGUCACGCUGCUACGACUACAGGGUCACCCCACACCCCUAACCCCACUCCUGGGGCCCAGCCCAGCACCCCCACCCCCACCCCCUCCUCAGUCAGGAAACAGCUGUUCUCCUCUGACCACAAGCACACAGGGGUCAACUCUGUCUCCAUGGUUACUGCCAACACUGUCAGUAGUAGUAGUAGUCACUCAGUGAGAGGUACAGGGUCUCCCGCCCACCAACACACGGGCUUAACGGCCACAAACGCCCCUAACCCUCCUCCUCAACCCCAGGUCGCCCCCAUCUCUCAGCCCCCCAAGUCACCCCCCAGCGCCCCCACUGCUCCCCCAGGCAAGGUGAAGCUGACCCCCUCCCUCUCUCAGGAGGCCCAGCCCGUCUCAGUCAACAAUGGGGUUAGUUCAGCUGGUUUUACUGCCUCUGCCAUGGCUGCCCCCUCCAAACCUGAGCCCCGCCAGCAGCACCAACCACCUCCUCCCCUAACCACCACCUCAGACCCCACUCCACCUCUCCUCCCUCCUCAGUCAAGCUCCCACCUCCCCCCAACCUCCACCACCCCCUCACACACACACCCCAACAGCACCGUACCCCACUUCUCGGCUCCCGCUCCCCGCGUCUCUCACCGCAUGCAGCCCCCGACAGGGCCCUACUACCAACACCCCGACCAGCAACAACAACCGUUCCUACCCCAUAACACACAGCAACAACAACAUGAGCACCCCAAACCGAAGCAGUCCCAGCCCCCCUCCAUGCCCCCUCAGCCCCAGUCUCCUCACCACCCCCAGUCCUCCAUGGGUCUGAUGAACGGCUCUCAGAUGCAGCAGCAGCAGGUCCAUGGUGGGGCCAAGCCCCAGCAGAUGCCCCCUAACUUCGGCCCUGCAGCCCUCUUCAACCAUUUCAGCAGCAUGUUCGACAACAACAACCAGGUUGGUAACAACCAGGUGUGGGGUGCGUGCCACCUCCCUGCCCGCUCCCCCCCUGAGCAGCAGUAUUCUGCCCCCCCCUCCUACAUGGGCAUGGGCCAGAUGGAUGGCAUGAUGGCCCCUCCUCCAGACAGCUCCAAGGCCCCUGGAUACCGCUCUGCCUCACAGAGGAUGGUCAACAGUCCUAUUGCUCUGACCAGCUAUGCUACCAGUAUGUCUGGUAGUCCAGUCUAUCUACACGGCCCAGCAGCUGUGGGCACCCCCUCAUUCAGCAGACAGCACUUCUCCCCUCACCCCUGGAGCGCUGCCACAUCAGGCGAGUCCCAGGCAGUGCCCCCUCCCUCCAAGGUGUUGUCGUCUGGCCCCCCGGGCCCCCCUCCCCACCAGGCCAAGCAGGGCCAGGGUAGCAGCCAGCAGGACAGGAAGGUGCCUCCUCCCAUCGGGACAGAGAGGCUGGCUAGGAUCAGACAGACCACCGUCAACCCUCCUCUCCUCCAGACCUCCUACACUGCUCCUGUAGGACAGGGAGGCAUAUGGUCCUUCGGAGUCGGCAGCGCCUCGGAAGCCAUGUCAGGUUGGUCCCAGCCCCUGAUGGGCAGUCACAUGAUGCACCCUGGGCUGCAGGCGGACCACAACUUCUCCCAGUACCAGCCCAUGGAGCAGGAUGACACCGGCAUCUCUAACCCCGCUAACAACUACCACCAGCAACACAUCAACCACCCCAACAACUACAUGGACUUCCCCAAGGGUAUGGCCAUGUCGAUGUAUGGAGGGACCAUACUGCCCCCCCACCCCCCUAUGGGAGAGAGUCCGGGGGGGGGCAUAUUCAACGGGCUGCACUCUGCCGACCCUGCAUGGAGCCCCAUCAUCAAGGUGGUUCCCAACAGCUCAGACAACACCGACCCACAGCAGGUGUGGCCUGGUACCUGGGCUCCUCACGUUCACCUGAACCACGUCAACUAGCCAGCCGGCAUCGACAGCAAACGCGCACACACACAUCACAAACAUGAAUAUAAUUUCCAACUGACAACAAGAACCUGACGAGACAAAAACCAACAAUUGUAAAACAUGUUAACUUUCGUAGAGAACAGAGAGCAAAGCAGAGUUUCAAGAAUUGGAGAGAAAUUAUCUUGACACCGUUCUUUAAUAAGAUAUAAAGAUAUACUAACAUUUGAGUGAGGGCUGUUAUGAUGAUGGUGGAGUCAGGAGGGAGGGAACACUCUGGGCCCUAGUUCUGUUUAAAGUCCUGUUGAUGUCUGAUGAACAACCAAACUGAUGGUGACAGCCUGUCCAACUGGCUCCAUGCUCUGUGUAGCUUAGAAAUAAGGACUUCCACCCACGUACAGAGUUCUCGCUCUCCUCGGGGAGAGCUUGACCUGAUAAAGAUGAUGGUGAUGAUGACGUAGCUAAUGAUACUCAGCCAAGAACUAGAGGAUGAUGAUUACCUAAAGAGAGGCAGGGGGGAGAGAAAGAAAUCACAAUACCUUUUAGUGGUAAAUACAUGUAUAAUUGUUUACAUACUAAAAGGGUUAAAAUGAGAGUACAUUUCAUGUCGUAUAGUGGCUCUACUUUAUGUAGCCUGUAUUAAUGUGAAAUAUUUACCUUAAUAUUCAAUAAAGAUAUUGAAAUGUA